GGUUGUUUGUGUGCACGCUUGACAGCCAGUAUGUUGUUCGUGUCAGUUGGCGUAAGAAACCUAAAGAGUUUGCUACAUUUUCUAAAGAAAUUCUUAAAAAUAUUGCCGUGUCGCGCAGUGAAAUGUUAUAAAAUUUGUUUGCCCUGCCUGGAUUCAAGUAAUAACUUACCUACAAAACUUUACAAACUAUGGAUAGUCAAUAUGGUGGCAUACAAUGGAUACAGCACAGUUCCGUGAAUCAUCAUACAACAACGCAUCAUGUCGUAGGUGCUAGUGGCGGUGGACGCACCACGACCUCUGCAGGAGACAUGAAGACAGCCGGCCAAUUGGUAAUAGAUCCUCAACCACCUUGUGAAGAGGACCUAAUGGCUAGUGCCAACUCUUCGUCGGACUACAUAGCCACCGAAGAAGAUGAUGAUGGUGAUGCCACCAAUAACAUUGAUCAGAUUGCUGCUGAAAAUUUGAUUUUCAUGGCCCGUGAUGGUCAAAUGGUGGCCGAAAUUAUAAACACCAAUGGGACGGACAAAAAUGGUGCUGUCGUUAUGACAACCAGUGAUGGAGAGCAGAUAGAUUGUGAUGCCAUUAUGGAGCAGGCCGCUUUAAUACAACAGCAUGAAGACACUGGCGGCGGUGGUGAUGUCUACACUGUGGAUCAUUAUACCGAGACAACGCCACAAAUGGUAACAGAGGAAGUGAUAACCGAUGAUUGGGUUCAACAUCAAGGAGAAGAGAGAGUUGAAAUAUCUGCCGAACAAAUAAUUUCCAAUUCUCAAGUAAUAAUGGAUAUUGAAGUACCCCUGCCCACUGUACAAGAUGAGUAUACUGCCCUGCGACCAUAUCCAUGCGAUUUUUGUAGUAGACGUUUUCGCAAGAAAGCAAGUCUUAUGAAUCACAUGGUGGCUCAUCAGAAUGAUCGGCCUCAUUUGUGUAAGCUGUGUGGUUUAAGAUUUAUGCGUAGGCAAGAUCUAAUUAAUCACCUUAAGGCACAUGCCGAGGAGGAGCCGGCCUCAGAUCCUCAAAUGGAUGAUAGUGAUUUUAUACACUUUGUAACCGAUACCACUUCAUCAUCGCAACGCACCUCCAAUGAUCAUUAUUAUGAGCAGGAUUGGAGUGUUCCCGAAGAUUCCGUAACAAUACCAAUUAAAUCUAGUCGAAAACAAUACCAACAACAUCAACAACAAUCUACCUCCAAUCACAAUCACAGUAGUGGGCACCAUCAGCAUCACACUGUAAUGGGCAAUAGUGUUCUACAAAUGCCCGCAAUUACUUCAGUAUCCUCAGUGGCAAUUACAACAGCUCCACCACGUGGUCGCAUAAGUCGCCUUAAGCCCAAAGAGGAUGCCUAUGUUGUAAAUGUUGCCAAUAAUUGUGCUCCCAAUAAUUCAGCCACAUUAGCCUCAUCCUUCAGUAUAGUACAGUGUGAUGCAUUACCCAAUAACACCAUUGAAUUUACUCAGGAUCCUUCACCCGCCUCCUUGCAAGUGCCAACGCCCCAACACCUACAACGUUCACAUCAACAACAGCAGCUGCAACAAAAACAAGUUCUACAUUUUCCCAUAAUAGAUGAUAACAAACCAUUUGUUUGUCAGCAAUGUGGUUUGGCAUUUUCGCGACAGAAGGCUUUGCUUUCACACACCAAGACCCAUCGCAAUGAUUCUCCAUUCGAGUGCCCGCAAUGUAAUGAAAUCUUCUGGGAUCAAACUAGCCUAACGGAUCAUCAACGAACUCACCAAUUCGAAGAAAGCAAUUCUGAAUACGAUCCAAAUGAGGGAGAAGAUGAUACACAAAGUGAAUCAGAGUCCGAACAACAAUUGUAUGGAGAAUUUUAUUGCAGCGAAUGUGGCAUGUCAUUCCAUAGGCAAGAUCUGCUGCGUAGACAUGCGAAAAGUCAUGCUAAGCCAACAAAUAAUGCGGGUCUAAAUAGCAUUAGUGUGGAUAAUUCUAAAGAUCAACACUGUUGCAAUACCUGUGGUGAGACAUUUGCUGAAGCUUUGGACUUGUUGGCGCACGCAGAAAUACAUGCUCGAUUUCCGCCUUUCAAGUGUGUUCUUUGCGGUGAAUCCUUUUUCGAAGAGCCCACCAUCAAAAAGCAUCUACAGUCUCAACAUGCCCAUGAAAUGACCGAAAAUUCCUGCAUUCUAUGUGGCAAAGAGUGUCGAGAUCGCAAAGCUUUAAUCAAACAUGCCUGGGAUCAUUCACGCGAAAAAUGUCAUUCUUGCUCCAAAUGUGGCAAGAAUUUUCACAACAAGGCCAGACUAAAACGUCAUAUGGCCUCGCAUCGUGACAAAUCGGUACAGUGUGAUGUUUGCCAUGAAGAGUUUCCCGAUGGCCGUACCUUAUCCAAUCAUCGCCACUCGCACAGUACUACAUCGGCUGGCAAGUUGUUUCCUUGCAAUGAAUGUGGCAAAACAUUUGGUUCACGCAGCUCACAGCAAAUACAUGUACGCAUACAUACCGGGGAACGACCAUAUGGUUGUCGUUUCUGCUGGAAGGCCUUCGCCGACGGUGGUACCUUGAGAAAACAUGAACGUAUACAUACCGGUGAGAAGCCUUAUGCUUGCUCUGUGUGUCCUCGCGCAUUCAAUCAGCGAGUGGUUCUCCGAGAACAUAUACGAUCGCAUCACUCUGGAUUGGAUACCAAACGAGGGACAUACUAUUGUACAGUUUGUGGUGCUGAUUUGUCUUCGUCGGGGGAUUUGAUACAACAUCUAAUACAGCAUAGUGAUAACAAUACUGCCAUGCAAAGGCAACCGGUGACUGGACCUCGAAAAUAUAAACGCAGGCGGAAAUUGAAACCCCAUGAAUUGGCUCGACUAAAACGUGAUUCAAAACAAAAUGGCGGAAAUAGUAGUGACAUCGAUCUAUCAGAUUUUGACAUGGAUAAUGUUGACGAUCUUUUGGCAAUGACCGAAACAAAUACUUCGACGGAAAAUGCCACUUGCAAAUCGGAACAUGAACCAUUAACUGAAAAAUCCGCAAGGCAAAAGACUAUAUCCAGCGAUAUAACUCUGGAGGCAAUCAACAAUCAACGCAAAAAGUCAUCGUCCUCCAAAAAGAAGUCUCAAAUUGUAUUGGAUCCCGAUGAUUUCGAUUUAGACGUUGGCUUGGAUGGCAACGGAGGCACUGGCACUGGUGGCAAAAAGGCAAGAUUUAAUUCAACAAGUAGUGAUAAAAUUUGGAGCACUAAACCCUCUAAUGAGGAGACUUACAAAUCGCUUUUGUCCAAUUUGGAAACCACAUUGCAGAGUAUAGACACUUUAGUAGUGGGACCAUCAUCGAAUAACUUGGAUAUUGUCAGCCCUGCGAGUGGGAAACGUAAAUCCAAGCACGAAUCUACAGCGCAAAGAACACAACAAGUACAAAUUGUAAGAAAUGAGGUGAAGGAGAGCGGCAUUGGAAAUGGCACCACUGCCAGCAAAGGUCGCAAGGGCAAGGCGGAUAAGGCAGCGGCAAGCAAAACAAAGGGACCACAAAUGAUACGCACCGAAAAAUGUACGAUUUCAUCGGUGGAGGGAGGUAGGAAAAAAUCCAAGUCCGUUGUUACCCGAACUCAGACCACAAGCAUUGAAAUGCCACCCAAAUCUGUGGGCAUAGUAGAUGAUUAUGACAUAAUUUCACCUGCCUUACAUCCACCCAAACAAAUCAGCUGCAGCCCUUUGCAUAUUAAACAGGAACACCAUGAACAUCAGAUUCUAAUGAAAACUCAUCAUCAUCCCAAUGUUUUAGCCCCAAAUUCGGGGGCAAGCCAUCGCAAUCAAACUUCCAGCACCCGCCAUAAUAAUGAUAUCUACGAUGCUCAUCUACUGCUGGAGGCUUCUGGUCUACGCACUGAUCUGGAUGAAAUUCUAAGAUCGCCCAUGAAAUCGGAUAAGCUUUCGGGUUCGCGGCAGCGUUUUACCAGCGAGUCUUCGACUCAGUUCUUGAACGAGCAAUCCGAAGAAGAGCAACAUUUAAUCAAGAUUGAACCCACUUCUCCAGAUCUAAGGGAAAUUGUGAAUGGGGUUAGCUCAGUUAACACCUCGGAGGUGGUGGUAACCACCGCUGGCAUGGAACUGAAUGUGAGCUCUGGCAUGGGCACACAAUCUCGCAAAAACUCCAAAGCUGCAAGAUCUCAAAAGAAUUCAAAUGCCUCAAAUAGAAAAUAUUUUGAAUUUUCCAAUGAUCACUUGAAUGCCGCCACCAAGACUGCCUCCAAUCAAGCCUCCUCCUCCCACAAAAGGAACUCUGCACAUUCAAAUUUGUCUAUGGGGGGAUCGCCUUCAAUCAAAGCCUCCAAAGCGGCCAGAACGGAAGCUGCUAAACCCUCAAAAGUCUCACAAAAUGCCGCAUCAUUUUUCAGCUACGGCAUGGUGGAAAACUUCAAUGCAGUGCCGAGCUCCUCGCUGCCCAAUGAUCACCAUCACCACAAUGCCAACUCGUUUGCUUCCAUAUCGGCGGUAGUGUCGGCAGCGGAUGCUACCGCUGCUGCUGCGGCCCAACAAAAUCCCACGGCCAGCCGUAAACGUCAACGCUAUUUUGAGUGUGAAAUGUGCUCGGCUGUAUUCUCAGAUCGUGCUCAGCUCUUGGAUCAUGUGCCCAUACAUAUUUAAAGGAACUGCCUAAGAUGUUGUUUAUCACCCCCUCGCCUCCCCGUACACUAAUGAUUACCACAGUGCCAAUAGUUGUUAAAUUGGAUUCUUCUGUUUUUCUCAAGCUCUCGGGACUUAAAUGAUUUUCUGACCCCCUGCCAUUGGAAUUUCACCCUCUUUGUAAGAGCCUUCUACGUCGUUGUACAAUAUUUAGCUAUUUAAUAUUAAUUUUAGAUAAUUCACUUUUGUAUUAAGUUAUUUUUUACCAUUUUUUAUUACCUUUUUGCAAAGGUAUCUAGCGCUCACUAUGCCUCUAAUGCUAAAAGAAAUUUGUAUGGAAUACUGUAAACUUUCUAUAUGUCGAUGCAAAAUGUAUGAACAUGAGUUUUCAUAACAAUUGCAUAAAAUAGAAUUAAUUUGCAAAUAGCCCCGUUUAAAAUCUGUUAAACAGUUCUUUUUGUUUUGUUUCUUAAUCUUUUUUUUAAUUCCUUUUAAUAUAUUAAAAGAUAAUAAAAUAUAAUAAAUUUUUUAAUAA